ACGUGCCUCCUCAUCACCAUGUGCAUUGGUGUGCAUUUCCGGCCCUCUACUGAACAAGUCUGCACGGGUCUUUUUUGUUGACGUGAUUUCGUAAAUAGUACCUCGCAACCGGCAGCCAUUUUCACAAGGAAGUAGUGAGUGUGUGGCACUAGUAGAGACUGAUUUGCGUCUCGUCAGUGUCUCUCUCUGCUAAGCUAAACAUGCCGCUGGUGUGUAUCUUCGGUAGCCGGCUGUUCGGAGCCUGUGACUACUUCAGUGUGGAGGGGCAGGAGAUGUUCGUGCGAACAAAAUUCUACCACUUCAACUUCAUGCCUUGUGCGCCCGAGGAGAGGUAAUCUUAGCCAUAUACCUUAGGUUCAGUCAGUAUGUGCAUGACGUAUAUCUGUAACCUAUUAUAAAAGGCGCCACAGUAGCCGGACCGCCCCCCUCCCCUUCUUCAGUUAUGCAAUAAUCUAUUAUAAUUUGUGGCUGUGUUUAGCAGUGAAGUCUGUUCUUGUCUUCAUAGUAACGUUACCCUGACCAGAAAUGGAGAACAAUUCACUUAGAACAUGCACCCCCGUCACAAAUAAAAGAAGAGUUAACCGCUAAGAUUUUAAGGAAUUAAUGUUUUUUAAUCACUUUCUAUCUGUUUGUUACAAGUCAAUAACUUCAGCAUUCGCUAGAUUCGUUGGUGCGCCUUGUUGUACAAAAAAAUUAUGCAGCUGUGUUUGUUCUAAUGUUGACCACCAUUGUUCCCUUUCCUCUUGUACUUGACCGUGCAGUUUCUCUGUUCGUGGCAGACGGACGAGCUAUCGACUCCGGGAGUGGUGGGCAGGUCGCUUGGGUGGAGGUGCUUCGGUUCCUGGCUGGGGUCGUCUUCCUCACAGUGAUGUGUGUGGCUGUCAUCUUCCUUACUACGGGCCUAACUGAGGAGGCGUGGCCAUGGGCACUGGUUGCGCUGUCUGUAGUGGUUCUGGGCCUCGCCAUCUUUGUCACCUUCUACAAGCCUAAAGCCAGCGAGGAGAGCAAGCAGGAGUACCUGAACAUGGUUGGUCAGCUGGUGGCCCGGCGGUACCUUCACGACCAAAUGGCAGCUGCAGCUGCGGUUCACGGUGGCCCCGCCCACGAAGUCGUCGCCAUCGAGCAGCCGCCGCCCUAUCCGGGCCUGCACAAGGACAAUGUCAAUGUCACGCCUGCUGGUGUCCCAAUGGCUGGGAGCCCCACACCUGCCCCAGGGAACCCCGGUGGUUUCCCUACUCCUGGGAAACCCAAUGUUGUGUAAGAUCAUGGCUGCUGAAGUUUCAAAUUCAGUAGUGGCAAGAUAUUGGACACUGCAAGACAAGGGGCAUUUCAGAACCUAACAGAAAACUUUACAAAAAUACAGGAUAUCAUUUUACUUUUUAGAUAGCUCAUUGUGUUUUGACAAUAGACUAUCUACAGUGGCAUAGCAUAUGGAGCUGGUAGCUACAAAUAAAACCUACACCAAAGGUUCAUUUCAUGUCUCCCUUGGGAAUUCAGUGUUAUGUUCAAAAAUGGUGUUCUACUAUGUCCAAUUUCUUGUCAUAUAUAUUCAAAUUAGGUAUAUAAUCAAUAUAACGCCCAGUGACAAGUAUAUCCAAACAUUGAGCGCUUGUUGUACUAAAGAUAUUGGAAUACAAAAUUUACCCAUUUUACCUGACAGACACUUCAUCUAAUGAACCGUUAUCUAUUCAAGCUUGAGUAUGCACACGUGUUAUUCACUGAUCUGAUGUAGGCACUAUGAGUACACUCUGCUACCUGCACAAUGUAAAGUUGUUAGUGAUUCAGAUACUGCUUGAAUUUGCUUUCAAGAAACUAUUUUUGUGACAUUUGAUGAAAGUACUGACAGUGGUAAGUUUUUCUGGAAGAUGCCAAGGAAUCUUUAUGCUUCCAACGAUUUGAAGAGAAAUGGGGUUGGAGUAUUGUAUGUAUGUAUAAUGUUAUGUAAUAUAGUUUUGUGUACAUAUGGUUUGACAUUAGAAUUUUUAUACAAAUUGAGGACACUUAAGCUUUGAUCAAAUACACAUGGCACAUUACUAAGGUUUUGAACACAUAGAUAAAUACAUCAAUUGUAAUUUCAAAUGCAGAGCAAACCUUAGCUAUUAAAUGGUAAAAAACUGUUUUGGAAUGCAAUGGUAACAGCUAUAUUCUGGAACUUGUACCUUAGAUGUACAUGUAUGUGACAUUAGUGAGUCUUUCACAGAGUUUGACAUAACCUUCUGUGAAACAGUAAUAUAACUUUGCUGUGCCAUUUUAUCAUGGCCAUGCACAACAUUAAUAAACAGCUAAAAAGUUUCAACUAUGUCGCAUGAUGAUAGAGAAUCUGAGUUGUCAGCAUGUUGAAAUGUAUCACAUACAUGAUAAUGAAGCAUCUACAUUUGGCAGCAUGUACCAGCCUCAUUUGGUACCAUUUUUUCCUUUGUCAGUGUUGGAAAAGAGCAAUUAGGUUCACUUCCUGUCUUCCUACACACAAAGUAAAGGCCACAAAACCCAAUAUUUGUAAUUUGGUGCCGAAUAUCAAAGUAACAGUUAGUAGUAAAGUACUUGAGGGAUGACUCUUCUUGUUUGGGCGGAGUAAAGGGUGUAUUUUAGCAAGCCCUCCAGAAAUAGCCACAUGAUAUGAUGCCAGGUC